CCCCAGAACAAGUUGAAGCAGUGAACCGGAUAAAGAAAGAUCUACUUUGAACCGAAUAAACCUGUUAUGGAAAUCCCUGCCAUAAAUCUAAAGGCCAUAUCCUGGUGCACUGGCUGCUUACAGUAUGGGGAUGUAUGGUGUCGCUGCCCUCCUCCUUUGCUUGGGGAAACUUUGGGGUUUUAGCUGUCGGGGUGUGGGCCAUUGCACAGAGGGACUCGAUCGAUGCCGUGCUCAUGUUUCUGGUGGGGAUGGUCGUGACGAUAUUGACCGACAUCGUCCAUUUUGGGAUCUUUUACCCGCGGAAUGACUUUGCAGCAGACAGCGGGAACGUGUUUCGCUUCAGCCAGGGUAUGGCCAUCCUCAACCUGCUGCUCAAACCCGCGUCCUGCUUCUUCGUCUACCAAAUGUACCGCGAGCGUGGAGGGGAUUACAACGUCAACUUUGACUUAGAGACCUCUGUGGACAGUCGAUGCACGACGGACAGUGGCGACAGUGCUUUCAUUGGCCGCCGCUAUUGAUUCCCGGCUUCUUCCUUUUUUUUUUUUCUUCUUUUUUUUUUUUACCAUUUCUCUUCUCCAAUCAUCCUCUUCCAUCCUCUCCCACACAGGAAGUAAGACCACAAACGAGGCUGUAGGACAUAAGAGAAAAUGACUUUUUUUUUUAUCUUGGUAUUUUCCCCCCAAUUAUUAUCUUAAUGUUCAGUUGUCCAUCUUUUUCUAUUCAGUAAUUUAUAUGAAUUCACCUGUCAAUUCCCCCCUUAAUCAGUCGUAUUACCCUCCCAUACCUGCCUGGUUGUCAGUACAGUACAUUUGUAUUCAUCUCUUUUGCAUUAUAUGUGUUUAUAUCUUUCUGAAAAUUAGCAUCUAUGUAUUAUUCAUAUUUUUACUCUCCAGACACCUCAUUUGUGUUUCAGUUUGCAUAUAUUUAAAGCAGAACUGCAUGACGGUGCACAAUCUCAAAUCAGCCUAAUUAUUAAAGUAAUGUUGACUUAUAA